AUGGCCAACCUCGAAAGAAAAGGGAAGGAAUUUGCUGGCCAGGCCGUUUCCCGUCUCGACCAAGUCGCACUCGGAGACAGGAAGAAUCAACCAAGACCCAAGAUGAAGAAAAAUGAUGACGAUAUUGUCGAGGAUAUCGUCAGGGCUGCCGCAGCAGGCGUGGGCCUCGUGUCUGAGGCUAUCAAGUAUCGAAAAGAGAAGAAAGCCUUGCAGGAGCGCAACCCAAUGCCAGAUGCCGGUCACGAGCAGCCUUUCCCUGAGCCGCAUUCGCAGCAGGGGGCACAGGAUGGUAACGCUGAGUGUCUGGCACCACAGCUCCCUGAGAAUAUCAAGGAGCUGGACAAUCCUGGGAGAAAUAUCGACAAUGAUCAUGCAGAUUCUGAGCAACAACAGUCUCAGCCUGGGGGCCCCGUCCCAGCUGCAGCAGCUUCAAAUGAAGACCAAGAGACGGCUAAGGAUGCUGCAGGAGGCCAGAUCGAGAAGGACAAGAAAAAGAAGAAGAAGAAUGCCUUGCAACUGGCAGACGAAUUCGUUGCACGCUACCCAUUUUCUCCUUCCCUGGAUCCAGAUGCGCCCAGGCCGAAGCUGGCUCUGCCCGUCAUCCUUCCACAGAGACGACCCAAGAGCCGCUCAAGAGGCUUCGUGCGCGCCUAUGCGCCCGUGCUCGCUGAUAUUGGCAUCGAGCAGGACUGCUUCCUCGACUGUAUCGACGCGCUCAACCUCUCCAUGGUCCCAAACGAGUGGUUACAGGCUGUCAACCUAGCUGGGUUCGCCGAUGUUAUCCUAAUGGAGCCGCUGCUCAUGCUGGCAGGCAUCGCAUUGCAACUCGCUACGGAUGCUGCCAUUGAGGCGCAGAGCCGCUACCGAUCCAACAAGUUCCUCGACCGCGUCAACGCAGGCUUCUUUGCGCCCCGGGGUCUCGUGGCGUUUGUGGCGACGUGGAGGCAUGACUCGACUGAUCAGGUUGUCAGCAUGGACUUUGAGGGGAAAACAGCUCCGCCAGACAAGCAGCCGCCCAAGGCGACAAGCUUUGUGGACAAGCUCAAGGAGUUGGAGCGGGUGACAUCCAGCAAGGAUAUCCAACGGCGCCUGAUGAGGCAGGUUGAGGGCCAGAUUCGCCCUCACAACGGUCCCAUCGGAGUUCUUCAACCUGCAUCUCUCGUCUUUCCGGUCCAAGAGUCGUCUUCCAAACAUGUCGAGGGGGGUAAAAAUGAUGACAAGAAGAAGGCAAGGGGCAUUUCCCGCGCGGGAAACUGGCUAGAUGAGCACAUGGAUCGUCAUUCCCAAGCUAAGUGGCGCGAGGAGAACCCCGGGCUUCCCAUGGCCCAGAUGCUCCCAGCACCACAGUUUCGCUCCCGCUAUGCAGAUCCCAACCAUGCUGCGGCGAGUGGUAACUUGAUCGAUCUUGUGACUGGUGGCAGGUGGGCAGUCGGCAAGGAGCCGAGGAUGACCAAGGAAGAGGAGAAUGAAGCGACGGGACAACAAUGUGACAGCUCCACGCGCAAAGAGAGGGAGGGAAAGGAGAGGGAGAAGAGGGAGCGAGACAGUGCGGGCUGGAUGAGUCUGAUCAAGAUGGUUCAACGACAUGCCCAGCAGCAGAUCGUCUUCUCGCACCUCUCCCCGCCCUCGCUCGCUCGUCGCACCCUUGAUCUGGCCUAUCUAGAGCUCAACACGCCGCCCAAUAUGGCGCCGUUGCCAGAGCCAGACGACGCGCGCGACGCAGUCGACAGCUCCUCCGAUUACUCGUCCGUCUCGGAAGACUCUCUGCCGCCCAUUCACGCGUACGGCCACACGUACCAUGGGUCGGCGCGGCUCUACAUCCCCCACGACGCGGAAGAAGACCGACGCCUGUGCAUACAGCACGAGCUCUACCACCUCGUCCUCAACGGACGACUACACGACGCCCGGCUACCGAUCGAAGACCCUACAUUUGGCCGAUCAGGCGACGACGACGACGAAGACGAACAGACGCCAAAAUAUCACAUCCUCGACGUCGGUUCUGGCAAUGGCCUUUGGGCAGUCGAAGCCGCACGGAGGUACCCAAAGGCCGACGUUCUGGGCAUUGAUCUCACGUCGGCCCUGCUGCCGAAAGAUGUGCCUCCGAAUCUGACCUUUGAGAUUGCCGACGUGGCAGACCCUUGGCCCCCGACGCUCUACGACUUUAUCCACAUCCGCAACCUGGUCGGCGGCGGCAUCCGGGACUGGGAGAGACUGGUGGAGCAGGCGCUCCAGCACUUGAAACCAGGUGGCAUCUUGGAAUUCACAGAGCUGCGCCCACGAUUCUACGACGUCGUCCCCGCACUUGCUGAUCUUCCCGAGGGGCAGAAGCCCGAGGUUGGAGUGGCGUGCCUUGAGUACCACAAGAUAUUCCACGCGGCCUGCCAGGCCGAAAAUCUCGACUUUGACCCGGUACCGCGCGUGGAAGAGUAUCUACAGGCGUCAGACGCCGAGAUGGUCCGUGAGCGUGUCGAUUGGCUGCCCGUCAGCGGCUGGGGGGCCGACCCGGUGAUGCGGAGGAAGGGCGAGUUGCUGAACGAGCUGAUCGAGGUCGGCCUGGACACGUGGUCGAUGCUGCUUCUUGGGAAAAACGGCAUGAGCGAAGAGGAGAUCCGGGCUCUGCUGCGGAGGAUCCUAAAAGAGACGCAGGAUCCGAGAUUGAGGAGCUGCUUUAAUCUGACAUUCAUCACGGCGAGGAAACCCUUGGACGAUGCGGCGGUGGACGACGACUAA